UGUUGUUGUGCGGGCUGAGCAGUUUGCGCUUCCAUGCUUCAGUCCUGUGAAGCUGAACUGAGCCGAACAAGUUUAUGGUUUACUCUGUGUACUGACUGGACCUCAAGGAGCGUUACUGUACGCUACGACGUGUCGUUGUUAACCCGCUGAAAGGAGCUGUGUCCGGCCUGGUGAUGGCUAACGAGCGGCUCAGAGCUCUGGAGGAUGUGGAGAAGGAGAUAGCGAUGGUCCUGCAGUGUGCCGGUAACAUCGUCCUGGAGCUCUCCAAAGACAAACACAACGCCAGCUUCCUGGACAGACAGCUGGUCCAGUUCCAGAGCUCCGUCAACCGGGUGGAGAGUGAACUGAGCGGCCAGAUCCGCUACCUCACCCAGGUAGCUACUGGUCAGCCUCACGAAGGCUCCACGUACUCAGCCAGGAAGGACUGUCAGAUGGCUCUGAACAGGGCAGAGUACGCCAAGGUCAAACUGGGAGAACUGGGACGGACCUGUGAAGUCAUGCUGGAGCAGCAGCAGCAGCAGCAGCAGCAGCAGCAGCAGCAACAGCAGCAGCAGCAACAGCAGCAGCAGCAGCAGCAGCAGACAUGAGAGGACAGAGGGCGGCUGACUGGUGGAUUCAUGAUCACUGGGCAACACCUGAUGAGGCUGAUGAGCCACAUCCUCCACUUCUACCACCAGCAUUACAUGUUUUUUUAAUAUUCCUUUUUUAUUGUAGUGAUAAAUACUGAGUUUCACAGGAAACACACAAAAAAAAACUAAAAAAACAUGUUAUAUACAAGAUGUCUGAUUUUCUAAGAAGUGUAUGUUGAGUAUAUUUUGUUGCUCGUGGUCAAUUUUUUCUUCUUCAUGCACAACUACCAAGACCUCUGAUGACCAACAGAAAGAGCAGUGUUCAGGUUUGUCCUUCAGUCUCACACUUCAGCUGAUUCAUUGUACAGGUGUUGAAGCAUUUUAGCCGCUGAUGGAGCCUCAUGUACGGAGCAUGUGAGACUGUAGGAAGAGACUAACCAACAGUAAUAAGUAAACAAUGAUGAUGAUGAUGACCUGGCUGUCAUAUGUUGUACAGUCUUUUGGACCGAUAUGAAAUGUUAAUACAGAAACACAGCGAAGUGACUCUGAUCCAGGACCUUGACACAUGACAGUCCUCCAUCAGUGAGACUCUGGAGACGCUUCACUUCCAGGUCCAGUCCAGCGUCAUUAACUCUUCAGACAUGUCCUGCUCUCACACCUGCACCGGUCAGCUUCUGUUUGACAGGUGGAAAUGUUUUUCACAGAAUACAUAAAGCUCUGUACGACAACUUUUUUUUGUUAAACAGCAAAAUAAAGACU